AUGCCUCGCUUUUCGCUAGUCCUGUGCGUGCUCGUGCUCGGGCUCUUCUGCCUGUCAGGUGCUGAAGAGAGCCACGCAGAGUCCAGGGAAAAGCGGGACAUGCCAAACUGGGCUCUGACCUCCUCUGACUUUUUCGGCUGGAUCGAAGAGCUGCGUAAUCAUGCUGGCUACGAUAAAAUCGACGAGCUGGCCAGAACCUUCUGGGCUCAUUUCCCCUCGGCUAGUCGUCUGGGCUACGAUUCUCCACCUCAUGAAGAAUAAUGGAGUAUACACUUUUUUGACUGUGUAAAAGAAUGCUGUCACAUGAGUAAAUUCCUGCCACU